AUGAACGCCAGCAGCUCGGGCUACCCCCUCGCCUCGCUCUACGUGGGCGAUCUGCACCCCGACGUGACCGAGGCCAUGCUCUAUGAGAAGUUCUCGCCUGCCGGCCCCAUCCUGUCCAUCCGCGUGUGCCGCGACGUGGCCACCCGGCGCUCGCUGGGGUACGCCUACCUCAACUUCCAGCAGCCCGCCGACGCGGAGCGGGCACUGGACACAAUGAACUUUGAGAUGAUCAAAGGCCAGCCCAUCCGCAUGAUGUGGUCCCAGCGAGACCCAGGACUUCGCAAGUCAGGUGUGGGCAACAUCUUCAUCAAGAACCUCGAGGACUCCAUCGACAGCAAGGCUUUAUAUGAUACUUUCUCCACCUUUGGGAACAUCCUCUCUUGCAAGGUGGCGUGUGACGAGCAUGGCUCCCGGGGCUUUGGCUUUGUUCAUUUUGAGACCCAGGAAGCCGCACAGAACGCCAUCAGCACCAUGAACGGGAUGCUGCUGAACGACCGCAAAGUUUUUGUUGGCGACUUCAAGUCCCGACGGGAGCGGGAGGUGGAGCUGGGGGCACGGGCCAUGGAGUUCACAAACAUCUACGUGAAGAACCUCCAAGCGGACGUGGAUGAGCACGGCCUGCAGGAGCUCUUCUCCCAGUUUGGAAAGAUGCUGAGUGUGAAGGUGAUGAGGGACAACAGUGGCCACUCUCGGGGCUUUGGCUUUGUCAACUUUGAGAAGCAUGAAGAAGCCCAGAAGGCUGUGGUCCACAUGAACGGGAAGGAGGUGAGCGGGCAGCUGCUCUACGUGGGCCGGGCCCAGAAGCGGGUGGAGCGGCAGAAGGAGCUGAAGCGCAGGUUCGAGCAGAUGAAGCAGGACCGGCUGAAACGUUACCAGGGCGUGAACCUGUAUGUGAAGAACCUGGAUGAUUCCAUUGAUGAUGAGAAACUGAGGAAAGAGUUCUCUCCCUAUGGAGUGAUUACCAGUGCGAAGAAGAGGCGACAAAGGCCGUGA